UAAAUUUAUAAUUCAUCGAUGUUUUUUAAUGAACAUAAUUCAUCAAAUUUAACAUUAAAAUUUUCAAUAAAUUUGUGAAGAAAUAAAGACCGCUUCUUUAUUUGUGUGGUUGGUUUGCUUCAAUGAUCAUAGAAACAAAUGGGUGACCAAGUCAGAGAUUGGUCCCUUCUCCCCGAUGAAAUCUGGGCAAUCGUCGGCCGAUACAUCCACAACUCCAUCGACCUUCUCCGAUUCCGAAGUGUCUGCACUUCAUGGCGAAAUCUCAUCCCUCCAUCCCACAAGUCCACUCCUCUUCUCCGUUUCAACUUUCCUUUCCCUCCUUACCCAUCACUCGUCGAAACCUUCGUCUCCGAAACCACAGUCUACCGCAUCAACCUCCCCACUCUCCACAACCCAUCAACUUCUUCUUCUUCUUCUUCUUCUUUCGUUAAGGGUUGGUUGAUCAAGAUUGAAGAGUUUGAAAGAGGAAAGUUUCGACUUUUAGACUCACUCUCAUGUCGUCGAAUCAAGGAUAUCACUUCAGGUUGUGAAAAUCUCUUCGAUAUAUCUCAAUUGAGUUUGACAAAGCUCACUACCGCUUAUGCCCUUAAAUACGUUAAGGGUUCUUCUUCUUCAGUACUUGGUGUGAACAAAGUGGUCCUUUCUCCCAAUGACUGCUCAAUCUUUGUAAUUUACGAUAAUGGGAAACUGGGUUUUGCUCAGAAAGGUGAGGAGGAUAUUACCCUUGUUGAUUAUCGGAUUUUGGAUUACAAUGAUCUCACUCUUUUUAGAGGUCAACCUUAUGUCGUUGACCGAUGGGGUACGGUUUCUUGGAUUGAUUCUUCAUUGAGAGUUGUUCAAUACUCACCUCCUUUGUUUGGAUUUGGUGAUAGAAAACAUUUGGUUGUGUCAAAAAGUGAGCUUUUUGUGGUUGAUAGGUACUUUGAUGAGAAGAGUAAUACUUCUACUACUCCAUACCCAGAUGAGAACAGUAUCAAUGUUGUUGAAGAAGGUGGUGUGAAUUUCAACUUGUUUAGGCGCCACCCUAAUCGUCGUGGUAGACACGAUUUCAAUCAUCCCAAAGCAGUGGAUUUCAAGGUGUUUAAGCUUGAUGAAGAAUGGGGGAAAUGGAUUGAGGUUAAGAGUUUGGGAAAUGAUGUGUCUUUUGUUUUGACUUAUGACUGUUGUUUCUCUAUUUCAGCUUCUGAGUUUGAAGGGUUUAGAGAGAAUUGCAUUUACUUUACUGAACAAUUUGAUAUGGAUUUAGCUCUUAGAAAGUUAGGUAGACUUGGUGGAUGUGUUUUCAGCUUAGAGGAUCAUACCAUUGAUGAUCUUCCCACCACACCUGGCUACUCCCAAAUCUUUUGGCCACCACCUAUUCCAACAAGGCUUUGCACACCCCAAAUGUGAAGAGGAGUCAAAUAAGGAAGGCUUGAAAUUUGGAGAGAAUCUGUUUCGUCCAUCAAUGACUUCACAAUUAUAUAUGUGUAUAAUCUAGCUGUAGUAGGGGGUCUGUUCUUGAUUGUAAUGAUGUUAUUUGAUUUUGAUUGAAUGAAUAUGAGCAAUUGGGAGAGACUGGCCCAUGUACAUGUUAUAUAUGACCCCAUAAGAAAUGUGUUGGAAGAAGGAGGUUAUGUAUGAUUUGUAUUGGACAACUCCAAGAAGAUAGGAGGGAUUUUCCUCGAACACACUUGGUAAUUUUCUCAUGUAGUACUAUGAUUUGGUUUACUUCUUAUAAUACAUUUUCUUUGGGAUCA